AUGGUAAACGGGUAUCAAUUUGCAGUCGUCAAUCUGUGUACAAAAAUUCCCAAUCUCAAGCUCUCGUGUGCAAUCUGCCUUCCUCCGAAACAGACAUCGCGGCGCGUUCCCGUCCCUCGCCCGAACACGCCCGUCUUCCAGAAGGACUAUGACGAGGAGUUCGCCGCGGCGCUGGACUGCACGUUCAGCGCGCUCGCCGUCGAGCAGCUCCUCAGGCGCACCAUGUAUCGCGAGGCUGCAGACGAGUGGCCCAUUGGGCACACGCCGCCCGAGGUGAAGGAGCGACGCCUCGCUGAGCUGAGGGCCCUGGAUGAGAUGGAAGGGGCGACAUCAGACGAGGGCAGCGACAGGGACGAUGGCGAUGAUGCCACUGCCGACGGCAAGGCCCGCGCGGACAAGGCCCGGCCUGCCACGGGGCCGGUCUCCCGGACACAGCCGCAAGAAGCACAAGGGCUUCUGACGCCGCCGCUGUCUGCGCAUAGUCCCAUGCCGACACUACGGGGGAAGAAGCGACGACGUGGUGAGGAGAAGGACGAGGAGGAAUAUCCGAAGAAGACUCGAGUCAUCUCCACGGCAAGAGCGGACGCUCCAGAGGAAAAUAAGCCAAAUAGGUCCUAA